UAUACCCUAAACCUUAAUAAGACCAUAAUGUCUGUCCUCCUAAUUCAUGUCUUCUUCCUCGUUGUCUUGCAACUAAUUUUCGUCACUUAUGUCACUCCAUCCCGAUCCCAAUUCCACCAAUGCCCUCCUUCUUCCUGCGGCAACAUCACGCGCAUAAGCUACCCUUUUCGACUCAGCACUGAUCCUUCCCAUUGCGGAUUGGACGACAUCAAUUUCCAGCUCGAUUGCCAUAAUAACCAGACACUUCUCAAUUUACAAGGACAAGAUUUUGCAACGAGGCAAUACAGAUCAACGACGCUUUUGGUGCUAAGUAUCAAUUAUGAACAAGAGCGGAUAAGGGUAGUCGACCCCGCUUGCUUCAAUAAUAAUAUCAAUAUCAAUAUGCCCAGAGACCUCUCCUCCUGUAAUAGCCAAGCAUACUAUUUUGGUGUUUCCUACGACGUCUACAGCGAUGAAAUAAGUACGGUUCCGUUAAACAAAGAAGCAGCAUUCAUUCAUUGUUUGUCGUCCCCUAUUGCAAACGAUAAUAAUAAUUAUUAUGUUAGAGCCCCUUUCUUUGGCAACACAACAAAAACCAUCCAUUUUGGAAAUUCUUCCCAGUUCCAUAGUUAUGUCGUGCUUGGAGAUCUUUAUCUAUCUUUGUCGUAUUUAGAGGAGUCUUGUGCGGUGGAUAAGGUGCUUUGGACAUCCGCGCGCUGGCCUAUUACCAAUAAAUCAUCGUUCAUCGAUAUUUACGAGGCCUUGGCUUAUGGGUUUGAGUUUUCAUGGAGGAUCUAUUCUGAAGGUUGUUGGCUGGAGGUAGAUAUCUUAAUACACUUCAAUGUACUUUUCUCAGAUCCAAUCUACUUUGGAAUCUUGUGA